CAAAAAACGGACGGGAGCCGGUUCUUAUCGUUCACUCAAAAGAGCCGGCUCAAUGAACCGGCUCGUUCGUAACCAACACAUCACUAGCUCUGUCGGAAGCAAAGUCGGGCUUAUUAUCCAGAGAGGUUCAACACAUCAAAAACCGAAAAUAAAAGCAGAGUCAUGUCAGGUUUCCUGGACGGGAUCCGGUGUGGAGACUGUGAGUGCAAUGUGGACUGGGGAGAGAGAAGAAACGCCAUCGCAUCUAUAGCUGCUGGAGUGCUGUUCUUCACCGGUUGGUGGAUCAUCAUCGACGCAGCAGUGAAAUAUCCUAAUGAGGGAGACUUUCAUCAUGCCUAUCACACUUGUGGAGUCAUCGCUACAGUGGCCUUUCUCAUGAUAAAUGCUGUUUCAAACGGCCAAGUGAGAGGAGACAGCUACAGUGAGGGCUGCAUUGGACAGACGGGCGCCCGAGUUUGGCUCUUCAUUGGCUUCAUGCUGGCUUUCGGCUCCCUCAUUGCCUCUAUGUGGAUUCUGUUUGGAGGAUUCGUAGUGCCUCAUAAGGGUGUCGUGUACCCUGGUAUCGCCAUUUUCUUCCAAAACGCGUUCAUUUUCUUUGGGGGUUUGGUCUUCAAGUUUGGACGUACAGAGGAUCUGUGGCAGUGAUGGACUCUGUGUGUCUUCAUGUCCACUGUUUAUACACUCUGCUUUCUAUAUUGUAUGAGACAAUAUGCUUUAGUGGUUAUUUACUUUAUAUAUGAACUUUGUUUCGCUUUCAAAUUAACGUGUUUAAUUUAUACUGUUGACUGUAUACUGGCUAAAUCAUAACUAAGCACAAAGUUUCAUAGAUUCCUUUAACGUUUUGAAUGUGGCACAUCUUUCAGAUGUGUCUAUUUGCACUCAGACUGUGUAGCCAUGUUGUUAUAAUGGUUUACAAUUUGUGUAUAGCAAAAUGUGUAUUUUGGGAGCUUUACUUCUCUGAACUGUCCACAUUUCCUUUUGGGUAUACUUACUUUUAUGACAUCCUUUUAAUUUGAACAGUCUUUUUAAGUGGUACAAAAUAUCAUUGAGGGCAAUAUUUCAUAAUACUGUACACAUUUACUGAAUGUAACCAUAUGGGGUUGUUUGUGUUUUUCCUGAAAUAACAGUAAGUCAGCUCUGAAACUUUGCAGUCAUCCAGAUUCAUUGUUGAAGGUUAAUUAGCUCACACUGCUGACAUGAGGUCAACAAAGGUUUCGCAACUGUUGGGUGUUAAAUGUGUGUACUGGAGAUUUGUAUUCGACUGCAACACUUAAACCAUUCGCUUGUGUAACAUCCAAACCAUGAGGUCAGUUUCUGACAACCAUGGCAACAUUAAACAGAAACAUACUGGGCAGUAAA